AUGAAGGAGAAGAACCCCCUGGAUCUGCUCCCCCCCUCGUCCUUCGUCCUGGACAACUGGAAGCGCUUCUACUCCAACAACUCCGAGGUCGACUCCAUCAAGUACUUCUGGGACAACGUCGACCUUGAGGGCUACUCCCUGUGGCUCGCCAGCUACAUGGACAACCACCUCCUCAAGCAGACCUUCAUGACCUGCAACCUGAUCAACGGUCUGUUCCAGCGCUCUGAGCGCGCUCGCAAGUAUGCCUUCGGCUCCUUCGUCAUCUUCGGCGAGGACAACGACUCCGAGCUCUUCGCCAUCUACCUCGUCCGUGGUCAGGAGAUCCCCUUCGAGCUGUCUGAUGCCCCGGAUUUCGAGUCGUACGUCCUCAAGAAGCUUGAGAUCAACGACGAGACCAAGGCCCUCGUCAACGCCUUCCUCACCUGGGACGACUCCAUUGAGGGCUGCAGCUUCGCCUCCAUCACCAACAAGAAGUUCAACGAGGGCAAGAUCUUCAAGUAA